GUUUCCUUGCUGGUUGUGUUGGAGAGGGUGUGAUACUGUCGAAAGAAAUUGCAGAAACAAGUGAGCGAAAAACGCCGGCUGGACUUAACUAGGGUUCGUGAAACAUCAGCUUAUCAGGAGACAAGGAAAAGAAAGUAAAAGUGUAUUUGAGAAGAACACAGGCGAUCUAAGAAAAUGAACGGGACUCUGGACCACCCAGACCAGCCUGACAUCGAUACCAUAAAGAUGUUUGUGGGACAGAUUCCUCGAACUUGGUCUGAGAAGGAGCUAAGAGAGCUGUUUGAACCGUAUGGCGGUGUGUAUGAAAUCAACAUCCUCAGAGACAGAAGUCAGACACCCCCCCAGAGCAAAGGUUGUUGUUUUGUUACCUAUUACACUCGUAAAGCAGCAUUAGAAGCACAAAAUGCCCUUCACAACAUGAAAAUCCUGCCAGCGAUGCAUCAUCCUAUUCAAAUGAAGCCUGCAGACAGUGAGAAGAAUAAUGAAUUAUCCUACAAUUGUUGUGUUCCAGCUAUAGAAGACAGAAAGCUGUUCAUAGGAAUGGUUUCGAAGCAGUGUAAUGAAAAUGAUAUCAGGCUCAUGUUUUCACCGUACGGACAGAUUGAGGAAAGUCGAAUAUUACGCGGACCGGAUGGUUUGAGUCGAGGUUGUGCUUUUGUUACUUUCACGGCAAGACAGAUGGCACAGUCAGCUAUCAAAGCAAUGCACCAGUCACAGACUAUGGAGGGCUGCUCCUCUCCGAUUGUCGUAAAGUUUGCAGAUACGCAGAAAGAUAAAGAGCAGAAACGGAUUGCACAGCAGUUACAACAGCAGAUGCAGCAGCUCAAUGCUGCCUCCAUGUGGGGGAAUCUUACAGGGCUGAACACACUCGGGCCCCAGUACUUGGCACUUUAUUUGCAGCUUCUUCAACAGACCGCCUCAACAGGGAAUAUGAACGCACUUAGCAACCUUCACCCCAUGACAGGGCUAAAUGCAGUGCAGUUACAGAACCUGGCUGCGUUGGCGGCUGCUGCCGGUGCCUCUCAGAAUAGCAUGUCAGGCACAAACUCGCUUACCACCUCCAGCAGUCCCCUCAGUCUCCUCGCCGGUGCAAGCGGGGGACAGCAGGCACAUUCUUCCUGGGACACGUACAAGGGUUCCUCCUCCAACUCAAGUGGCAACUCUUCACUGAAUCCUAUGACUUCCCUUGGUGCUCUGCAAUCCCUUGCAGGUGCAACAGGAGGACUAAAUGUUGGGUCUUUGGCAGGAAUGGCUGCUUUAAACGGAGGAUUAGGGAGUGGAAGUCUUUCGAACGGCACAGGCAGUACGAUGGAAGCGUUGACUCAGGCAUAUUCGGGAAUCCAGCAGUAUACUGCAGCUGCAUUACCUACACUUUAUAACCAGAGUCUGCUAACACAACAGAGCCUCGGGGCUGCGGGGAGCCAGAAAGAAGGUCCUGAAGGAGCGAAUCUCUUCAUUUACCAUCUUCCCCAGGAGUUUGGGGAUCAGGAUCUGCUCCAAAUGUUCAUGCCAUUUGGGAAUGUCAUCUCGGCCAAGGUUUUCAUUGACAAGCAGACCAAUCUCAGCAAGUGUUUCGGUUUUGUAAGUUAUGACAAUCCAGUCUCAUCUCAGGCAGCCAUUCAGUCCAUGAACGGUUUCCAGAUAGGCAUGAAGCGACUGAAAGUUCAGCUCAAGCGAUCCAAAAACGACAGCAAGCCAUACUGAGCUUUUCUCUCAAAUGGACUUGAGUUAAAAAAUGUUUUCUGAUAUCUUCGUGCCCGUUUGUUCAUCGUUUGCCUAGCAUGUGACGUCAAAAGUUCAUCGUCCAGCCCUUGUCUUCUGAACUUCUCUGAUGCUUGACCUCUCACCUUUGACCUUGUGUUAACUUUUGACGUUUAUUAAUUAGUUGUUUUUUUUUCUUUUCAGUUUGUGCUGCCAAUCAGUUAUGCUAGAAAGACUGCUAAAAAAAAAAAAAAAACUAUUUGAAGUUACCUUUGAAUAUUGUUACAAAGAGUCUAUUUUUCUAGAACUUACUAAAAUAACCACUAGAUUUUGCAACAAAAAACCUACUUUUAAUUUGUUUCUUUUUUCAUCUUAUUUUUUUUAUAGCAGUCUUCCUAGCAUGUCACAUGUGGUAUUUGUAUUUGUCCUGAAGCAGCCAAUCAGUUUAUACUGUGUGUGUGUGUGUGUGUGUGUGUGUGUGUCUUGUUACUUCCAAACCUUUUUAAGUUGAUGGUCACAUUUUGCUGAAACUGAGGAUGAAUUUGUAAUUUUGUGCUAGGUUAGUUAGCAUGAUGUCUUUUUUGGGGAGUCCUCUAUUAAGAGUGCUGUCAUUUAUUAUUGUUAUUAUUAUUAUUAGAAUUAUAAACACUUGGCUUGCCUUUCUUUAGUGUCAUUUUUCUGCAAAUUAUUUCUUUUCUUUGUGUGGUUAUCAGCGUUUGUCUGUAGAGAAAAUAUUCUAAACAAAAAAAAUAAAUUAGAUCUUUGUCACAGUAGUUUAAUAUAUAUCCUGCAUGCGUGUUUUUCCUAACUGCACUGGUCUCCUCAGCAAAAUGUGAUUAAAUUUUGUUUAAAGAAAUCAGAUAGUGCCAAAAGUUUUGCAUGUUGCUGUUGGUCACAUCUUUCCUGUACAUCCUUUACCUCCCUUUCUCUGGUUUAACAGCGAAAAAAAAAAGAAAAACCACGAUAAGUUACUCG